AUGGCACGCCGGAAAAGCGCUCGUAUUGCAGCACAAGAGCCAAAACCGCCAAACCCGUACGGGCCACACAAUGGUGAUUCAGAAGACGCCGCUGGGCUGAUGUCAGCUUCUCAACCCUCAUCGCCGGAUUCCGCAUCCUCUGCGUCCGACCCAGAUCCUGAACCUCGACCGGCAAAGCGCCGCAAGGUGACAAAACAUACCCCAAACACGACAACAAGAUCACCGACAAAAUACUCCAAAUCCAACUCCCUUCUUCUCGUCCAGUCUAUCUUUACUUCAGCACCCCACGAUGGCCGCGCCCUUCCUCUCCGCCCACACCCGCCCUCCUACCACCAACCCCUCCUCCUAUCCUCGCCAUCCGCCCAAGCCUCCCUCCUGAAGUGGUUUCAAAAAGAACAAACGAUCCGCCUCAUGCCGUGGCGCAAACCCUUCCUCACGAACCCCUCCCGCGCCGACCUUUCCCGUCGAGCCUACGAAGUCUGGAUCUCCGAGAUCAUGCUCCAACAAACCCGCGUUGCGACGGUAAUAGCAUACUGGAACAAGUGGAUGACAAAGUGGCCUACGAUCGAAGACCUAGCACAGGCAACAGAGGAAGAGGUGGUCAAUAUGUGGACUGGGCUGGGGUAUUACUCUCGGGCGAGGAGGAUACAUGCCGGGGCACAAAAGGUUGUCGCCGAGAUGCAGGGGCUGCUGCCGGAUACGGUGGAGGGGCUUAUGAAGCAUGUUCCCGGAGUGGGAAGGUAUACUGCUGGGGCGAUAUCGGCUAUUGUGUUUGGCGAGGCGGAACCGAUGGUCGAUGGGAAUGUUAUGAGGGUGUUGUCGAGGCAGAUGGGACUGAUGGGAGAUGUGAAAGGGGACAAGAGGGUGGUAGACGUGCUUUGGGAGGCGGCGGAUAGGUUGGUGAAGGUUGUUGCUGAGGCUGAUGGGGAAGAGGGCGAGAAGCCGGGGCUAUGGGGACAGGCGUUGAUGGAGCUGGGGAGCACGAUCUGUACACCAAAGCCUCAAUGUGGAAAAUGCCCGGUGACGGAAAGCUGUAUGGCUUACGCCGAGGGUGUGGCUCUGGCCUCAGGCCUCAAGCAGGCCGUUCCCGAUAUUGAGGAUGGCAUUGCUUGUGUGUUUUGUGAACUUGUGGAGGAAGAUGCCAUGGAAGCGAGCUCGCAGGCUACGGAAAAGAAGGGGAGGCAGCAAACCUCCAAGUUCUUCGAGGCGUUCCAAGCAAGUUCCAUGAAGGAAAAGGAUGUUGCUAGCAGAACGCCCUCGUCCCAAGAGUUGAAUACCAUCAUCUCCCAUGCCCAGAGGUUUCCCCUGAAGAAACCCAAGAAGCAGGUCAGAGAGGAAGAAGCUCUUGUUUGCGCCAUUCGUCGCGUAUCAGACGGACAGUACCUCAUCAGUCGCCGGCCAGACAAGGGGCUGUUGGCUGGAUUGUGGGAGUUUCCCAGCUACAUAUUGCCCGCCUCCAAUGACAGCACUACCAAAAGCCGGAAAAAGCAGGCAUUGGACUACGCGUCUAGUCUGGUCGAAUCAAAAGACGGAUACCGUGGAGAACUAGGCACUGUCCCUUGGUUAUUUUCACAUCUGAGGCUCGCCAUGCACGUUCAGCUGUUUGAACUGGACGAUUCAGGCAGAAGCCUCCGAACACUGCCCCUGGAAUCGAACUAUCGAUGGGUGUCCAGCGAUGAGAUUGAAUCAGAGUCCAUGGGGACUGCCCUCAACUGGCACCAUCGAGUCUCCUGCAACAUCAAGACACUUGAGUUGAGACUUUGGAGUAAGAAAAUGGACCAACCCAAAGACCGGCGACGCCUCAAGUUGGAGCCGUCGAAGCUCGGACCCAGCGCCAACAAUGAUGCGAGCCCCCCAAAGACGCCGGACACAGAAGAAAACAAGCCCAAAGAGACCCCCGUAUCCGUAUCCCAGCCUGAUCUAAGCACACAACACGAAACAGUGGAAAGCGAGGAGUUCAAGCGCCCCAAUCUUGGACUUGGACCUUCCCACGAAGCCCAGGUUGAGGAACGUAGUCUUGAGCGAGAAGCGCAGGAGAAGCAGAGGGAUCAACCAGAUGACGACAACGAAUGCAAAGAAAACCCCAUGUCGGAUGAAAACCGGGAGUUGAUUGAUGUGUGGAUGCAAACCGAGGAUGAAGCGAGAGCCGAGGAAGAGGACAACGUGAUGACUCGAGACAACUACGAGGCCAACUUUAAGGAAGAAGUGGCGCUACACAACCUGUACAAACAUCACUAUUUUGACGAACAGUGGCUGCUGUACUCGAAAGAGACAUCAAAAGACCGCAAAGACGAAGAUUGGUUCAUUCAUUCACCAACCGUGCUGGAGGCAACCGACCCGCAGUACCUUUGCGACAUGUGCCGACACGUCAACUUCACCGUCCUAUUUACGCAUCGCAAUCUGAAGCCUCAGGGGAACAAGGAUCCAUCCACUGCUUGCAUCGAGUUGUAUGGACUGUCGAGAGUUCUCAACGAGAAAUCUACGUGUUCAUUUUGCAACCUGGUGCGAGAAGCCAUUGAGCAACAAUGCACUGCUGAAGAACUCGCAAAGGCGAGGCAGACAAAGGCGGGCAAGAUAUCAAUCGACAUUCUUGAUGAUGGGCCAGAUUGCGCCCUGCGGUUGGAGGUUGGCUUCAGCCACUUGGCGAAGAAAGUAAUUAUGCAGAGGAUGACAUCCGAGGAUGAGCCCUUUGCACUUCAAGGGCUUCCAGUACGCAAGGACGCCGCAAAUAUCCCACGGCUGUGCAACUGGAUCCGCACUUGCGAAGGCAGCCAUCCCAAGCUCCACAGGUCCAUUCACGCAUUCUCGCCCGAAAUGGAGACGCUGCGAGUCAUCGACGUUGAUGAAGGCUGUCUCGUAACAGUGCCCACGCCGUGUCGCUAUGCUUGCCUUUCCUAUGUCUGGGGGAAGAAUGCAACAAGUCUCGUCCAUUUGACACUGGAAACAAAGGCAACCCUCGAAAGCCCAGGAAUCUUCAGCAACGGAUCAAUCGUCAUCAGCCAGACCUAUCUGGACGCCAUCAAGGUUACCAGGGAUAUUGGACUGCGUUACCUGUGGAUUGACGCUCUCUGCAUUGUGCAAGACGACGAUGCUGAAAAGGCAAUUAUUGUCUCGCAAAUGGCUGCUGUGUAUGGCAACGCCGUCAUCAACAUCGUUGCCUCCACCAACUUCAGCCCUGAUGGCGGACUUCCGGGGGUGGGUAGCACGCCACGGGCACGAUCCCAGGUAGUUAAACAAAUCCAAGGGCUGUCUGUUGGCGCUGUGUUUCAUGACGCCCGUCAGCCAUACCACGAGAUUGAAGACGCCAUCUGGAAUUCUCGUGCUUGGACAUUCCAGGAGCGUCACCUGUCCCAACGCACCGUGUACUUUACGGCUUCUCAGCUCUAUUUUACCUGCCCCCAUGGGACUGCGUGCGAAGACACAGUUCGCAAUUCGACACGGGACCUCAAGCCAACGGUGCCUGUAGAUCGGCCAAAGUUUGAAGAAGCCAUAUAUCCCCUAAUGUUCUACAUUUGGUCCGACCCGACCCAGACAGAAUUCCCCAACAAGCGCUUCAAGUUAGCUGGUACGGGCACAGAAUCUGACACCCUGGUAUCUACUCGGGAAGAACUGCCUACUCCAACCUAUAGAGCAAUGCCCGUGGCAGCUUACCGGAGCGGCACUCUUCCCAUGGAAGGGGAGACGCUCUGGAAGACAUAUCGGGAGGCUGUCAACAUGUACACCAAGCGCAAAAUGACGUGGCAGAGCGAUGCCAUCAACGCAUUCCAGGGCGUCACUGAUCUCAUUUCUCAGGGGGUGAACACCACCUUCUGGUACGGCAUACCCGAGUUUGCCUUUGAUCAGGCUCUCUUGUGGUACCCCCAGGAGCCUCUCACCCGCCGGACCUAUUUGGGAGCCGCCCCGUCCUGGAGCUGGGCUGGAUGGGAAGGGCACACAAAGUAUCGCGGCCGGGGCUGGCACAAUGCCAUUGCUGUGGCACCCUUCAACGUCGUCCACUGGCUUACACAUCCGUCUAGUAUCGGCACUGUUGUACGGUAUCUUGUCGCCCGCGGAGAUAGCCCAGAGCGUGUGGCAAAAAUUGUUCAGGCAGCCAAAGAGCAGCCUAAAUCCUUGAAUUCCUGGGUUCAUGCCUUCUUGUAUCAGCUGGAGGACCUUGACGACGGUUGGAAGGACGAAAAGGACACCUCGCGCAACGAGCUCUACUUCUCCCAUCCCGCCUACCCGGGCCUCCGCUUUACAUACCCCAUCAACUUGCCGGGAAAACCGUUGCUACCACGACAUUUACCGGACGGGACACUUCCCUUCACCGCUCGCUCAGUCGAAGCGCGCUUCACCGACAUGUCCACAACCGCUCACAAGUCGAUACCUGUCGAAGACGAGUUUCUGCAGAUUGGCCUCAACGAUGCGGGCAAAUAUGGGUCAGGCUCUCGCCGACCGUGGGAGUUUGCUGUCUACCAUCAAGGAUACCGCGCCGGGUUCUUGUCUCUCAACGUCCCCCUUUCGUCCAUCGACCGUGCGUCGGCUUCGUACAGGCUGGUGGCCAUGUCGAGAGACAUGGUGCCACAAAUCGCCCCGCCGCCGUGUGGAUGGGACCUUUACUGGAACCUGAACCCACGGCGAAUGCAGGACAGUGUCUUCUUCGAUGAGGAAUGGGGACGGCCUGAAGAAAGGAGAAAGUGGACGGUGUUUACUGACUCGGAGCCGGGGAGGGGGCCAGGCAGGGAGAAUGGGGAUCCGCGCUGGGACCUCGGGCGCUAUGAAACACCGGCUAUAAAUGAUGUGUACAAUGUCUUGUUGUUGGAGAACAAGACUGGCGAGAAUGGGGAGUGGUGGGAGGAGAGGAUUGGGGUUGGGAAGAUUCAUGUCGGGGCAUUCUGGAUAGCAAGGCCCGUCAUUGAGAAGUUUGCUCUGAGGUAG